UAGUAAUUUUUUUGUGAAGCUGGUAGAAAAGUCGCCAUUUUGCUAAGUAUGUGAAGAGUUCAUAGAUGCACACGAACUUUUUUAUUUUAAGUAAAAAUAGAAAACUUGUGUGGGCCGACGACAUCCUAAGUUGAUCGUUAGUGAACGUUGAUCUUAAUAGUGUAAGGGGGUAAACAAUGAAAAAAAGUGCAAGCUUUCAUAAUGACUUUUUUGACUGAUUUCAAGAAGUGAGUAUCCAGGAUGAACAAAAGACUGCUAUAAGGAAAAUAGUGACAUGUUUACUAGUUGAAGUUCGAAGGUAUACCAACUACCUUAAGGAAUAAUUUUAAAAACAACGCUUAAAAUGGUGCACAGAAAAUAAAAUAACUAAAUAGAAUACCGAUAUUACGUAAAUUGUGUUACCUGGAAGUAUCUUCUGUAACUGAAAAUUAUACACAUUUCGUUUCAAAUAUUGUUGAAAUAUAUUUUUAGAAAGUCGUAAAAAUUUAUGUUUUAUCUACAAAAUUGCAAAAAUAAAUAAGUGUUUCGCUUUCAUCCGUUAUCAUAUUUUCCAAAAUGGGAAAUAACGCUACCACAUCUAACAAAAAAGUUGAUGCUGCAGAGACAGUUAAAGAGUUUCUUGAACAAGCAAAAGAAGAAUUUGAAGAUAAAUGGCGCCGAAACCCAACAAAUACUGCGUCCUUGGAUGAUUUUGAACGCAUUAAGACGUUGGGCACUGGGUCUUUUGGACGUGUGAUGAUUGUUCAGCAUAAACCGACGAAAGACUAUUAUGCUAUGAAGAUUCUUGACAAGCAAAAGGUUGUUAAACUUAAACAAGUAGAACAUACUUUGAAUGAAAAGCGCAUACUCCAGGCUAUUCAGUUUCCGUUCCUAGUUUCUCUUCGAUAUCAUUUCAAGGAUAAUUCCAAUUUGUAUAUGGUUUUGGAAUAUGUUCCAGGUGGAGAAAUGUUUUCGCAUUUACGUAAAGUAGGCCGUUUUUCAGAAGUCCAUUCACGUUUUUACGCUGCCCAGAUUGUGCUGGCUUUUGAAUACCUUCACUAUCUUGAUUUAAUUUAUAGAGAUUUGAAACCGGAAAAUUUAUUAAUUGACUCACAAGGAUAUCUGAAAGUCACUGAUUUUGGUUUCGCUAAGCGUGUAAAAGGGCGCACAUGGACACUAUGUGGUACUCCUGAAUACCUUGCUCCGGAGAUUAUAUUGUCUAAAGGCUAUAACAAAGCAGUUGAUUGGUGGGCUCUCGGAGUACUUGUAUAUGAAAUGGCAGCGGGCUAUCCGCCAUUUUUCGCCGACCAACCCAUUCAAAUAUAUGAAAAAAUCGUAUCAGGAAAAGUACGUUUUCCCUCGCAUUUUGGUUCUGACUUGAAAGACUUAUUACGUAAUUUAUUACAAGUCGAUCUGACAAAGCGUUACGGUAAUUUGAAGGCAGGCGUCAAUGAUAUUAAAAACCAAAAGUGGUUUGCCUCAACUGACUGGAUUGCAAUCUUUCAAAAAAAAAUUGAAGCACCAUUUAUUCCUCGGUGUAAAGGACCUGGUGAUACUAGUAAUUUUGACGACUACGAGGAAGAGGCACUGCGGAUUUCUAGCACAGAAAAAUGUGCCAAGGAGUUUGCUGAAUUCUAAUUGUGUUAAUUUUUUACAUGCUAUUGCGGAGUAGCAAAAUCGCGAGCAUUAUUAACAAUAUAAACGUAAACAAUGUACAUUAUAGUUACACCCGAUAGAUUUUAUCUUGGGUAUCGGGAAGUUUAAUGGUCUCCUGAAAUCUACCUACAAAUAAUUAUUUUUAAAUCAAGAUUGUUAUAAGUGAGAAUACUUUAAAAUGAAGCUGUGCUUCUCCUUUGAAAAUUGCAUUAAAAAAUACUAAAAGACAAAUUUCAAGCGAUUUCCUAUAAAUUUUUGUCGUGUCGUGAAAUCAAAUCGUAACAACGGGAGCAUCGUAAAUCUUUAAUAAAUAUUAGUUGAAACCUAAUAUACGCUCAUAAUUAUCUUUUCCGUUGCUCUAAUCUGUCCUUAAUUGCUACUACAUAACAAGCCUAAGAAAUUUGGAGCCGUAUGCAUAUACUUGGACUCAUCAACAAUAUGAUAUACCCACAAACUGUAAGCUCACGAAACACUAUACCAAAUAUAUGAAUACCAUUUCAUAGGAAACAGCACAGUGAUGCCGCUAAAAAUUAUAAUAUGAAGUAUUCGCGAGAUUUCGAACACUGGAGGACGAAACAACAAAAUUUAAAUGUAUAAGAGAAAAUGUGUUGCAAUUAAAGUUAUAUCAUAAGUAAGAAAAAAUAAUAUCCAUUAUUACCCAUUAUACAUUGAGAAUUCAAAACUAAUAUGUGACGAAUCAUAUACAUACACAUCUAAUAAAAUAAAUUAAUAAAACGGAAGUUAAAUAAAUGA